AUGGCGAUGGAAGAGAUGGAUCGGCAGCCUGUUGUUGUUUCCGAAGCAAGAAUCCUGAGGAUGGAGAUUGCGUCCCUGGUGAACUUGCUCAUCGAGAAACAAUCUGACGUUCUUUCCUACGAUCCCGAGAUCGUGAGGAAGAUCACGUCCCUGAGGAGCGAGAUCGCGUGCCAGAAGCUGGCGAGGGAGCGCAAAGCCUUGGUUACGGAGGUCAAACGCACAGUGCCGCGGAGGCGCAAAAAAUUUUAUGCAGUGCGGAGGGUCGCUGAGAAGGAGAUCAUGGCCGAUCAGGAGAGCGUGGAUCUGCCUAACUCCGAUACGCAUAGUGUGACCUCCCAAGUCAGUUGCAUCUCCGAGCAGUUGCCCGAGCCCUGCGACCAGAAGGAGAUCGACUCGGAGAAUAACAAAUCAGCUUCCAGAUUCAAAUCCAACUUCGAGCAUAUGGCGGUCCAAUAUGCUGAGGACCAGAGGACCAAGGAGGAGAUGACCGAUCAGAUGGGCAAAGGCAAGUCAAGCAUGGAGACACAUGUGUCGAGGAUAUUGGAUAUGAUGGUGCUGGUUUCUGAUGAUAAGAGUGAGUCGGAUGGUAUGACCAACUUGUGCAAAUAUUACAAGAUGCUUGAAUUUGAGGAUGAGAAGGUGUUGGGCAAGAUGACUGCUGAGAAUUUAAGGAUGUAUUACAAAUUUCGUAUAGAGCUAUUAAAGAUGGAAGCCAGCUUAUGCGAGUUCUGGGAGCAGAAUGAAAAGGAUGACCUGAGGUGGGAGCAGGAUAAAAAGGACGCACUGAGCUGUUGCAGAACAGACCCGACCCCCUUCUCACUUCAGGACGCGGUAGGGGAGGAGGGGGAGGAGGAGGAGGUGACAGAAUUCACAGAAUCAGACAAAGAGGAGAUGGAGAUGGAGGACAGGUUGUUUUCUGGAAAACGUGAAGUCUGGGAAUCCGCAUGGGGAUGCUGUGGUGAAUUUGAAGACAGUACCGCAGUGAGUCCUAUGCACUUUACACAUUGCACGCCGGGACUGAUCCCGUACGCCGCUCGCUCUGUGAGCACCUUGCAGAUCUACUCCUUGAAGAUUGUUGGAACAGAUGGAAAGUUGAAGUUACCACUCCAUGUGUAUGGUGUUGUUGCUGCCCGAGACACCGUGGACUGCAACCGCAACAUUCUCUUCUUUAGGCGAAGGGAAGACUGUCAAAAACUCACUCCAGAGGAUCCAUUUUUGCACUUGACUGGCCCGUCCCGUGCCAUCGUGGCUGUGGACCAUGUUGACUUCGAAGUCCAACUGAAAGUAAAGGGUGCAACAAGGUCCAGCGACAGAGCAUUGAUCAGUCGUUGCUGCACUUAUUCUGGUGGUUAUCAUGAAGGUUUAGAUACCGCUCUCAUCAGCAACUGCUUUUGCACGGUAGAGUUAAGCUUGGAGCGACUCGCAAAGACAGUCCAGGCUACCAUCUUAAGUGUCCGUGUUGUUGAAGGGGGACCUUGGCCUUUUGAAUAUGGUGGUCGGAUUGUGUGCUCCUCACCACCACAGGAAGUUAUGGACUCCCUGGCCAGGCAAGUUGUGUUGGUUGAUUCUCGUUCUUCUGAUGGUGGAGAAAUGCCAAUGGGCACAGAUGGCUACCUUGAUCUAUCAAGGCAUGUUGUUUCUGUAGAACUGGAAGAAAGCCUACAAUUUGUUAUACAAGCCUACUCGCAGUCUGGUGAUGCUAUUGCUAGACAAGGUCGUGUCAAGUUCAGGGCCGAAUAUUGCAAUGUAAGUCGAGGUAUAUGUGAGAUUGGUGACUCUAAGGUGGAGAUUACUGUUGCUUGGUCCAAACUUGUUACCAAAAGGAUGGAUAUCCUCUUAGAAGGACAUGUUUGAUGGUUCUUGUGCGUUGGAGGUUAUGGACUACAGAACCCGUUACCCAAAUUUAUCUGUUUGUCCCUUGCAUGUGGUUUGUGAAACUGCAGAACUAUUUUUGUAUUGAUAUGUCCAACUAUUUGUGUAUCUGACU